ACAGAAUCGGUGGCGGAGAUGCAAUAAUGGAAUGCCAGUGGCAGCAAAAUAAUCCGCCGAGAUGAUGUCAAAAUGUUGACAAAUUGCCGUUCGCUGUUUCGCUUUCGCCUUUCGGCUUACACAUGAAGAUACGAGGUAUAUACAUACUUCCCCACGUACGGACUCAAGCCAGCGAUUUGUAAGUACAUGUACUAGUAUAUGGCUUACUGUCCCUUCGUGUCCUUUCUCAAUGCGUGAUGGAGGUGACUCCAUAGUUUCAAGAGACACCUCUCGGACUGUGACAAGCAAGACGUGAACGACUUGGGUUCUUCGCACCACAAAGACAGCAACCGAACACUAUGGCCUCGACACAGAGAUUCUCCGCCGCCGCGCACGCAAACGACGGGAAACAUCACAUCCUCCUCGCAGCCAGCGGGUCUGUGGCGACGAUCAAAAUCCCCCAGAUCGCGGCUGCAUUGUCCCGGCACGAGAACGUUUCGAUUCGCAUUGUCCUGACUCGUUCGGCGGAAGAGUUCCUCCAGGGCCAAUCGGCCGAGCAGCCUCCUCUCCAGACUUUGUUGGAUCUACCACAUGUUGACGGGAUACAUCACGAUGAUGAGGAAUGGUCUAAGCCCUGGGUCCGCGGGGACAAGAUCCUACAUAUCGAGCUGAGGCGGUGGGCGCAUGUAUUGCUUGUGGCGCCCAUGUCGGCCAACUCGCUGGCCAAAAUGGUCAACGGGCUCAGUGAUGGGUUACUACUCAGCGUCAUCAGGGCGUGGGAUACGACUGGGCUUGUGGACAUGCAGAAGAAAAGGAUCUUCGUGGCCCCGGCCAUGAAUACCGCCAUGUGGAGGCAUCCCAUAACCAAGAGACAGAUCAAAGUUCUCGAACAGGACUGGGGGUCCGGAGACGAAGGAUGGGUCACGGUUCUAAGGCCUAUGGAGAAAGAGCUGGCUUGUGGCGACGUAGGUGAUGGUGCUAUGAUGGAUUGGAAAUUGAUUGUUGAAUAUAUUGAGAGUUAUUUGGAGCUUCGGACUCCUGCACAAAACACAACCUGAAAGAGAACAAAUGGUCCAGCGAUUGCCGUUCAGUUCUACAUCCCUUGGAGAGCGCCGCGGAUGCGUAUUAUAAUGGUACACAGGGGGUCAGACCUGCUAUUCGUCCUUGUUAGAACGACGGUAGAGAUAGUCACCCAGCAGGCCGAGAGAGAUGGUUCCUCCAGUCAGCCAGGCGCCGUUCCUGAACCACCACCAACAAUCCUUGACGUCUUUGAGGUUCACCCGCCGGAUCAUGGUGCCCAACGUCAAUACCGCGCCCCCGCAACUCCCAACGAAGAAGAUGGGACCGGCACCAGCGAAAUAUCCUGCCGUCGCGAGCAGCCCUACCUGGACCGCCGAAAAGACGGAGAGCGCAGUCUUUGCGUUGUGCUCGUGUGCUUGCGCGAUGGAUUUGAUGCCUACUUUGGCGUCGUCCUUGAUGUCCAUGUACGCAUAUAUCAUAUCGUACACCAGCGUCCAAGCCACGCAGCUGGAAUACAGCGCGGUAGCGGCCGCCAGUGCCGAAGGGUCGGACAAGAGAUCUAUUCCUAGUGCGGGAAAACCCAUGAUGGCACCCCAGGAGAAAGUCAACCCGAGGACGAACUGCGGAUAGUGCGUCACUCGUUUCGCCAGAGGGUAUGUGGUGACCAGCAGCAGACUGGGCACGCCAUAGUAUAAACAUGGCAGGGGAAAUUGUAGUAAAAUAGCCAACCCGGCAACCAACUGGGCGCCCAGAUAAAUCACUGCAUUCUGGACAGAUACGGCUUUCCGGGCAAUCGGUCGUAGACGUGUCCGUUCAACGAAAGGAUCUAGGUUGCGGUCCCAUAGGUCGUUAAUAGUGCAGCCGGCUCCGCGCAUGAUCAGGGCGCCGGCGAAGAAUAGAGUUGUUGUAGAUACCACUUCGAGCGGUGUCGCCAUUGGUACUGCCAUUGGCGCGGCUAGUAGUGUCGAGAACAUGCAUGGGAAGAACAAAUAGUAUGUGCCGGCAGGUUUAUCCAG